CAAUUCUUUUAUGCACUUGAGUCACUUGUAAUUUCCUAUUACUCUGUGUGAAGUUUUUUUUUUUUUUUAUCGCCGUUCCAACUUUUCCCCUUUCAGAGCUUGCUUCACUACAGUGCUCAAUGCCAACACCGGCUCCACCUGUUCCAGCUUCCUACUAUGAGAAUUUCUUGGAAAUCUUGGCCCAAAUCGUGUCCAAGUUACUGACCGACAAGGAAACCGAAGCAGUGGUGGCAUCCCUUCGGUCUUUUCAGGACAGACUUAAACGACUAAGCAGUCAGAGUUUCAGUCGAUUACGCUUGGAAUUGUCUAUUGCCGAGAAAGAUCAUGCUCCUUUUUGCCACCAUGCAGGCAAAACAUGCAUUCAAAAUAGCUUGCGCGGUUUCAUUAAAGCCUUCAGCGUCGCCUUCACUGUAAAGUAUCUUAUUGGCAUUCUACCGGCUUUACUCACUGGCAAGCUGUUGAAAAGACCCCGGAUAUUGAAACAAAUGGCUGGACGCGAUACCAUGUGCUUUGCGCUUUUCCUCAGUACCUUCUUGAGCAGUUACAAAGCGAUAUUGUGUGCGAUGCGACGAUGGCGAAAGAAUCCCGAUCCCAGCUCGGAUAAAUUGAAUGCAUUUGUUGCGGGUUCAGUGGCGGGGAUUGCUCUGAUAUUAGACCGCGACAAACGCCGUAGACAAUCCAUUAUGCUGUACUUGCUGACACGCAGUUUCCAAUUCAGUGGAGCUUGGCUCAUGAAGCAAUGGGGACUCCAAAGGCAAACGAGACGGCGCAAAGAAUUGGCGAUAUUGAAGGAGAAAGUGGAUCGCGAAGGACAGCCAAGAGAACUUGAAGUGGGCAAGAAAUGGGAUGAUUAUCUAGCCAAGUUUAUCCAAAGAUGGGCGGGCGUUUUGGUGAUGAUGCUUGCCAAUGGUCAAAUCAUCUAUUCAUUCUUGCUCAAUUCCGAAACGCUACCACGAUCGUAUUUUACAUUCUUGCUGACUCACGCAGGGUGGAAGUCGGAUGUAGGCGGGCUGGCAGAACCGCUGGCGGACGUGAUUGGGAAUAAUAUUCGGUUCCUUUCGGAAACACGAGGAUCUAUCCGGUUACCAAAAGACACAACGUCAUAUCAAUACAUUGCAGACCAUGUUAGCCCCAACAUUGCCUCGGUGAUUCCAGCCAAACUUCGACACAAGUAUAUUAUGUGUGCUCUACAGCAUCCACUGGAAGACAGUUGCUCAAGAAGCGCGUUCCGAAGUUUCAAGCUCGAGUACCUACGUGCACUGAAGCUGUAUGUGCCCCUUAACUUGAUUAUGAUGGGUGUAUUCCGUUCUGGACAGCUUACCUCCAAUCCAAACUUGGUGUUGCGAAAAUUUGCAAUUUCGUGCUUGCGGUCAGGGUUGUUCUUGACAAUGUAUGUGACUAUGGGCUUGGGAUCGGCUUGCACGUUCCGUCGUAUAUUUGAAAAAGAACGACAUUGGAUGUACGUCCUCGUGGGUGUGGUGGGUGGCAGUAUGACACUGUUUGAAGCACGGGGUCGUCAAUUAGAACUGGGUCUUUAUUGCUUACCGAGAGCGAUGGAGGCUUUCUGGAAGACGAUGGAAAAACAAGGCCGUAUUCGUAAUGUUCGACAUGGAGAAAUCUGGUUGUUCAUGGCUUCGAUGGGUGUGCUAAUGACGCUGUAUCAAAAUGAAAAGGAUACAAUCAGCCCACACUAUCUUAGCGUCAUGACACGCUUCUUUGGUCACAACUAAACCAACCCACCACCCACAUACCUCUCUCCUACCGAUACAAUGAUUUCCUGAUGACCCAUAUUUAGCUUUAUAAUAUCUAUUAUUUAUUACUCAAAAAAAAAAAAAAAAAAAGAA